AUGCUGCUUCAAUAUCUCCGUGACUGGCAGCCUUUCAAAAUCGACGCACUGGGGAUCGUCACUCUCCUUGGCGCCGAAGAAAUGAACUUGGCCCUGGGAAGCCUAAUCAAAUAUCGUUUCACAGAAUACCUGCCCCUUCUUGGCGCUUAUGUUGUUGCGAACAAUAACAUCAUGGCUCCCAAACCCGGGUUUGUUCUAUAUAAUGUUAGCGACGGGAUCAUGGCGAUCGAUGUCGCGGGUUGGUUCUGUCGUUGGCUUCUCAGCCAGCAAAUUUCCUGGAAUUCGACAUCCUUGCAUUUCACCUCCGUGGACAAAAAGCCAAUUGUGAGUUUUUGGUCCAGACUAUUGGCUUUGAGGGGCCUAGGCAUCGGCACUGUUACAAUAGGAGCCAUGACGACCAUAGCAUUGCUGUCAAACGAUUGGUGGGCGUUCGCAAACGCUGUUUCAAUGUUCGUCUCAGUGGUCACUCGCCAGAUCAUGACUCGUGAAGCCCGGGCUGGUAUUGAUCGAGUGAUCCAAGGCCUCCAGGGAAGGAAAAGUGCAGAAAGGCCGUGCAAAGCACUGGUUCUGACCCCUUCUGGUGCCGCUGUUACAAUAUACGCCCCUCGCGGUAUCAUUACUGACGUGCUCUUGACAAAUCCAAGUCCCCCUCAUGGGCGACUUUACCAGUGUGCUAGAAUCAUGGGAUGGGCUGGGUUUGGAUGUCAUGUGGUCACUUUGGGGAUGUCGAGUCUAGCCAACCAGAUCAUCGCGGUUGUGGCGCUUUUGAUGAGCUCUAUCCUCACGGCGUACGAGGCUGGCUCUGAUCCGUGGCAUAUAGGAUCGGGAGAUUAA